UCAUAUAGUUUUCUAUAUACAAAGUAAUUGUGAUUUUGAUUAUAAACACUUGACAAUCCACAGUAGAUAUUUAAACUUUAAAAACACAACAGAAUAUUCUGUUUAAAAUAAAAAAUGAAAUUGAAAUUUUUGCUGAUAAUGUUGAUAAUCGUUUGCAUUACGAUUGCCGUACUGGGUUCACCAAAAGGUGGUGGUGGUAAAGGUGGAGGAGGUGGUGGUGGUAAAAGUGGAGGAGGUGGUAGUGGCGGUAAAAGUGGAGGAGGUGGUGGUGGCGGUAAAAGUGGAGGAGGUGGUGGCGGUAAAAGUGGAGGAGGUAGUGGUGGUAAAAGUGGAGGUGGUGGUGGUAAAAGUGGAGGUGGUGGUAAAAGUGGAGGUGCUGGUAAAGAUGGAAGUUCAGGUGGUUCAAGUAAAGGUGGAAAUACAGGUGGUUCAAGUAAAGGUGGAAGUUCAAGUGGUGCAAGUAAAGGUGGAAAUGUUGGCGAUGGAGGUAAAGGUGGAGGUAAUUCCGUAUCCGGCAGUAAUAAUCACGACAAUCACCAGACAAAUGUUAAUGUCAACGUUGUAAUUGGCUAAAUUUAAAUGAUUAACAUUUUUUUACAUAUGUAUAUGUUUAUUAAAUUAUGAACAAUUACACUGGUUAACGAAAUGAAGAUUUUUAAACAAAUUUGACUUGAGUUUUAGAAGCUGAAUCCGAAUUUGAUACAAGUUUCUCUUUAUCACCUACAGUUUUCGGAAUAUGGUAUUAAAUAUUUUGUUCAUAUAUUAGUAAUAAUAAAGCAAUGUUGAAGUACUUA